UGAGUGGUCUUUAAAACAAAUCAUAAAAUUUCCUCAUUGCACAUUUCAAAAGCAUUUAGUUUUGGAAGCGGGAAACUGCGUUUUCUUGUUCAGUCUUCUCGCGUUGGUAGCGCAUCCUCCAUCGAAAGUUCUCUCUAAUUAAGUUGGUGCAUCAGCUGAUUGACAGCCAUGUUGUGAAUGGAAGAAAUAAGUUCGCCAAACAUUUUAAUGCCAAAUAAUAAUUAAUAUGCCGUUAGCAACUUCCGUUGAGCCAUGGCAAAUUCAACACGCCGAUACCGAGCUUUUGGAGUGUCCAGGUCCCUAAGAAUAGUGUCUUCCCAGUCUGGAGAUGCUGAUGAAGCAGUUGGAGUGGAGGAAGCAGGGCCGACUGAAGGAGAACAUGAAAUUGAACUUGGAGAGUUGGUACGAAAUGGGCAUGACAAGGCUGACCCAUCCCAGUUUGAACUUCUCAAAGUGCUGGGCGAAGGCUCCUUUGGGAAGGUUUUCUUGGUACGCAAAGUGGUGGGGGCUGAUAAUGGACGUCUGUACGCCAUGAAAGUUCUAAGAAAAGCCACUCUAAAAGUCCGAGAUCGUCAUCGUACUAAAAUGGAGCGAAAUAUACUUGUAGAUGUUGAACAUCCGUUUAUUGUGAAGCUUCAUUAUGCGUUUCAAACUGCUGGGAAACUCUACCUUAUUUUGGAUUUUCUCAGAGGCGGAGAUUUGUUUUCACGUCUUAGUAAAGAAGUAAUGUUUACUGAAGAGGAUGUAAAAUUUUAUUUGGCAGAAUUAGCCUUGGCGUUAAAUCACCUGCAUACCAUAGGAAUUAUUUAUAGAGAUCUAAAACCGGAAAACGUGCUAUUGGAUGCAGAUGGGCACAUUGCUCUCACCGAUUUUGGGCUUUCAAAAUUACCUCUUGAGGAGGGUAAAGCGUACAGCUUUUGCGGAACGGUUGAGUACAUGGCGCCUGAAGUUGUUAAUAGAAAAGGACAUUCUUUUGCGGCUGAUUGGUGGUCGUUUGGUGUACUAAUGUUUGAAAUGUUGACGGGAAGUCUGCCGUUUCAAGGUGCCAAUAGGAGAGAUACCAUGACACAAAUUUUAAAAGCCAAAUUAGGGAUGCCUGCCAAUCUUAGUUCUGAAGCACAAAGUUUACUAAGAGCUCUCUUUAAACGGAACCCCGCAAACAGGCUCGGUGCCGGCCCUGGUGGAGUAGAGGACCUGAAAAAGCACGAAUUCUUCGCUACAAUCGACUUUGAUGCCCUUCUUGCCAAAAAAAUUCGUCCGCCUUUUCAGCCGGCGGUAUGCGGACCAGAUGAUGCAUAUUUCGAUUCGGAAUUUACAAGCAAAACACCCAGGGAUUCCCCCGGUGUUCCUGCCAGUGCCAAUGCUCACGAACUUUUUAGAGGGUUUAGUUUCGUGGCGCCAUGCUUGUUGGAGAACGGAAAUGUGUCAAAAAAAUCUGAAACUCCUUUGAAAAUAAUGAGAACCAUGGAACGAAACUUUUUUGAUGAUUACGUACUUUUGGAUACGUUAGGGACCGGAAGUUAUAGUAUUUGUAAGUUGGCACGGCAUAAGGCAACAGGACAGCAGUUCGCAGUUAAGGUAACUCAUGAUUUUAAUAACUGUUUUGAAAAAUUAUAUUUGGUUUUAUUAAAGAUAAUAAAAAAAUCUUUAUGUGAUUGUCGCGAAGAAAUUGAAAUUUUAAUGAGAUAUGGCCACCAUCCCGGUAUAGUAACCCUGAAGAGUGUGUACGAAGAAGCCGGGAAAAUAUACAUGGUGCUACAACUACUGAAAGGAGGCGACUUACUGGAUUAUAUGAUUGCCAAAAAACACUUAGCGGAACAAGAAGCUGCAUCAAUUUUAAAAACCUUAGCCACCACAGUAGCGUACUUGCACGAAAAUGGAGUAGUCCACAGAGACUUAAAACCAGCAAAUAUUCUAUUCGCUAGUGAAGAAUGCACUCCUGAUAGUGUUACAAUCUGUGAUAUGGGAUUUGCCAAACAAUUACGAGCCGACAACGGCCUCUUGAUGACUCCAUGUUAUACAGCAAAUUUCGUUGCACCAGAAGUGUUGAAACGUCAGGGUUACGACGCCGCUUGCGACAUCUGGUCUUUGGGCGUCAUCCUCUACAUAAUGUUGUCAGGACGCUGCCCCUUCAGCACUGCCCCCAAUGACAGCCCCCACCGAAUCCUUCAAAGAAUCAGUUCAGGAAAACUUGAUCUACAUAAUGGCCACUGGAGCGGUGUUUCACAGGAGGCCAAAAUGCUCGUCACCGAUAUGUUACAUAUUGCACCACAGCGACGACCCACAGCAGCAACACUAGUGAAACAUCCGUGGUUAGCCGCAGCAGCGCCCUCUUUGUAUCAGAGUCAGAUACAAGCAAACACCAGUCAGGUUACUACACCAGAACAGGAUGCCCAUUUGAAAGAGACGGUGGCGGCGACAUUUAGAGCUAUAGCGACGUCGCCUCAAGUGGCACAUUUGGGGCCCGUUGCUAUGUCAGAGUUGGCGAGGAGGAGGUUCAGGGAUAAGGCACUGAACAGAGUUCAACAGAAUUCAUAAUGUAUGGUCAAUUAUUAGAUUAUAUGUGAUUUUAAUGUGUGCAAUUGUCGGUUUCUUGUGGAGGUUGAUCCAUGGAUAAAGUCCGCCUGUGAGACUUUUAUACGAUAAUUUUAAGUAUCAAAUCGAAUUUUCUUUGGGUUAUAAAAGUGUUUCUUGUUUUUAGAGAUAAUUUAUUUGCUCGGUAAGGUCUAAAUGGCGGACCCGCUGGCUGAAAUUGCUUUAUUAUAAAGUACAAUUUAUUAUUUAAUUAGUUUUUAUUGAGUUGUAUAUGAAGGGAAAUGUUUUUUAUACGUAAAAAGUGGAAAACAAUACAUGGCGUAUACCUGAAACGUCAAUUUUAUAUUAUGUAUGUAUAUAGAGGAUAUAGUGAAAGAAGUUUUAUUGCCAUAUUGUUCGUUCCUCAGAGGUGUUGUAUUGUUUAUGUGAAUAUUGCAUAUCAGUGUUAAAUACUUUUGUAUGGGUAUAUUAUCCAAUAGCGUUUAAGUUGAGCAUUUAAGUUUUUAUACUAGAGUAUUAACAUAUUGUACAAUUGGGAUGGGACUUGAGUAUAAACACAAUUCAGUAUAACUUCUAACCAAAGACUGUUGCUGGAUAACGCAUUUUACAGGUACGUAUUUGUCAAAAAAGUAGAAAUGUUUGUAGUUGCAAAUUAUGCUUUAAAUGUCGCUUGUAAUUGUUCAUUUAUAGGAAUUGGCGGACUAAUUUCAAGCGUACUAACUUACUUUUCCUCGCUAUAGAUCAGACUGUGAGCUUAUUAAGUAUGUACAAAUUAAUAAUUACGAUAUUGGUGCACCCCAACUACGUAGAACGCCUGUUAUAAUUUUGCAGCUCGUUCAUUGCAGUAUUACAACUCAUCAUAAUUCUAAGAACAUCACAAUGCCAUUUCUGCCGAUACACUACCUAAAACAAUCAGCCAUAGUCGUAUUUUUAAACUAAAAGAAAUGGCAUAUCUAGAAACUGAACUUUGUUUUGUAGAUAAAAGGGUAGGUACGCCCUUCUGUUGACAAACUUAAAUGACCCAGUUCAGUGCACAAUUUUAGUCACUAGUAAAAGAAUUGUUGCCAAAAAAUACUCGGUAUAAAUAAUGUCUGCAAAAUCACAAAAAAAUGAUGAAAAUUAAUUCCAAAAAUGUUGGGAGAGCUUUUUUUCAGUAACAAUAAAAUAAACUUCUCUCAUAUCCAAUUUAUUUUUGAUUAAUUUUAAUAAUCAUGCGUUUAACGCUAUUUAAUGUUUUAAUUAUUGGUAUUUUAGAUUGUCUUGAAUUUAAUGACUGAUGCUACAUCUGAAAGUCAUUGUGUACUGAACAUAGUUAUUUAAGUAGUAAUAGAUAAUGUUCAUUAGCUAGUGAUUUAUUUAUAACUUUUUUAAAAAUAUGUGUAAUCUUAAUCGUGAUAAAAUAGGGGAAAAUGUACAUUGCUGCGGCCUAUUUCUUGAUAUUGUAACUAUUUUAAGAACUUGAUGUUAAUGUUGAAAAUGGUGAGUACCUCAAUAUAUUUCCUUACUGAAUUUAUUUUAUUAUCAGUAUCACUUGAACUAAUAAUAAAGGUUUUAGAACGUUAA